AUCUAUACUUAGCAAUAUAUCAUCAUCUUUGUACCUUUGAAUUUCACUUCAAGUGGAUAUAUGAUGAUGAAGCCCAACAUGGCUUUGCUUCUCCAAGCUCUCUUUUGUAUGGCUCUUCUGUGUGCUUGUCCAGCUCUUAUUAGGGCUCAAACUCCAAAAACGGGAACAGAUGCGGCAGGAGCGGCAGGCAUAGGCGAGAGCAAGCCAGCAGUGAGCCACGGGUUCACGUGGGGGGUGAAUGGGGACGGCAACCACGCGACCAUCAGUAAAGGGGUUAGCUGGCAAUACAAAGGGAGCCAUGGUACCGUGGGCUGGAGCGGUGGCGUCCAGAAGAGCUGCAAACUGGGCUGCUGCGCCCCAUUUGCGGGCCAUUGCAAACAUUGCUGCAUAAGCGUUCAUGAAGCCCAAGCAUUCUUAGCCCACAUGAAGAAUCAUCAAGCCCAACAGCUGCAGCCUUAGUUUAGUAGCCAUAUAUACAUGUUGCUGCUAUAAUCAUCAAUA